UAAAACAAAGUUCGAUAACUCAAAUUUACUCUAAAUUAUCGCAAACAUGCCGUCAAGUAUUUUUGGGGGUGUGCUGCGAACUUUGGUGGCCAAAGCUAAGUUUUGUCACACCCAGAAUGUUUGCCAGCAUUGCAGAAAGACUCUUGGCAGUAGAAACCUGAGUUCCACUCCACAGUUACUUGGCAUGUUUGAACCAGAUAACUUGACACCAGGCCCUGCCAUCCCGGAGUAUGAAGCCCUGAAUGUGAGGAUGAGGGGCUACGACUUUGUGCUGUUGGAAUCCUUUGCUAAAUAUGUACACAACCAGGCAGCUCGGCUAGGUAUCGACACUGACAUGUGGGCAUCACCAUCAAAGGCAACCCACAUCGAAACCUAUGUACCAAAUUCUAAAGUAAUCCAGCACACGUACGACUUGAGGACAUACGAGAGGACUGUACAGUUACAAGAUGUCCCUUCAACCAUGCUUCCAAUAUUUCUUGACAUAGUCCGUUGCCAUUUGCCAAUGGGAGUAAAUAUCACUGUGAAAGAGCCCGAUGUAGAAGAGGAAAAUGACCGAUAUGUUCCUGAUAAACGUCUGAAGGAUUUGUAUGCAGAAGUAGAUGCCAUUCAGAAGGCCAGAGAUGAGAGAAGGAAGAAAUAAGGUGGCAUGUGUUUAGGAUUGUCGCUUCAAAAGGACUGAUCUUUGAUCUGGAUCUAGUGUUUUAUCAAAGGAUCAGCAGAUUGCCUUUGGAACAUGUGAAUCAAUAGAGGCAUCAGUAUUUGGAUGUUAGCUUUCUAAAACUCGAUUAGCUGCAAUUUGGAAAUUGUACUCCCUUUGGUAUGCAGAUGUCUUGGCAGUCAGAAACAGUGUGCAGAUGUCCACAAUAUGAUGGCAGGGACUCUGCUUACUAUAUAUACAUUUUGGAACUAUCCACGUAAGUUUGUUUUGAGAUACACAUUGUACUGAGAAUUUAGACAUGUAGACACUGAUAAAAUGAUUAUGCAAAUUAUGGAGGUGUCUUGAAAUCUUUAAACAUGGGUAUUAUGUUGGGUGUUAACAAUCUGAUUAUAGUGAUGAUGUUUUCAAUUUACUGCAUCUGAAUUGUGAUCAGUUACAACAGAAGAAGCUAGAAGAAGGCUUCAAGUACAAAUCUACAGGACAUCUGUUAGGACCAUCUGCUGAAGCUUCUGAAAAACCAUUUAGAUGCAUAGCCUGAAACGUGUCAUCGUGAUCAUUAGGAAUAUAUUACUUUCAGUUUUGUAUGGAUGGGAUGUGUGCGAAAAUAAAUAUAAACAAAUA